GAGAGUAGAGAGUGGGCGGGGCGAAGCGCCGGCUGGCGCGCGGGCGGUCUCCGUGAGGAAAACAGACGUUAAUCUGCCGUUGGUCGGGCUGCUACGGACAUGAGCCUCCUGGCUGGGGCUGAGAGGUCCUCUUUCCCCGAAGCCCGCAGUCUCACGACUCCCGGCGAUGUCCCAGGAGACCCGGACCCACGCCACAGCCUGAAGCUCCGUGAGGAAACCGAGGCAUCACAGGUGAUGGCGGAGCCGGGUGCGGGAAGCUUGGACGCGGUCGCGCUCCCACCGCCUCAGCUUCCAGAGGGGCGGGGAACCUGCCACGCCCCCGCGGGCUGUGACCACCCAGCCCCGAUCCGAGGCGGUGGGGAUUGCGGUUUCGAGGCGACCGAAGCGGGGCAGGCGGAGGCUCCGCCUCUCACGGAAGGUCCGGAAGCUGUGCCGGUGUCCGUGGUAACGGACAACAGCCUGAAAAAUGGCUGUCAGAGCCGAGAGCCGCGCAGCCUCGGUGGGGAGAAGCCGGAGAGCUCCGGGUUUGAGGUCUUGGCAGUGGUGAAGGCCGAGGAGGUGGAGACCGAGAAGUGCACCGUUUCCUCGGUAGCAGUGGAUGAGGAGGUGGUGGAGAAGGAAAGAGUGAAGGAGGAGGACGAGGAACAAAAGAUGGAAGUAGAGAAGCAAGUAGGUGAAGAAGGAGAAAUGAUGGAGGAAAACAGAGCGGGGGAGGAGGAGAAGGAAGAAGCGGGGCCCCGACCCUUGAAUAUGGAUCUCCGCAUGAACCCCCUGGAAGCCAUCCAGAUGGAACUGGACACUGUGAAUGCUCAGGCCGACAGGGCCUUUCAGCAACUGGAGCAUAAAUUUGGGCGAAUGCGUCGGCACUACCUGGAGAGGAGAAACUACAUCAUUCAGAAUAUCCCGGGCUUCUGGGUCACCGCCUUUCGGAACCACCCCCAGUUGUCCCCCAUGAUUAGGGGCCAAGAUGCAGAGAUGCUAAGAUACAUAACCAAUUUGGAGGUCAAGGAGCUGAGACACCCUAGAACUGGCUGCAAAUUUAAGUUCUUCUUUCGAAGAAACCCUUACUUCAGAAACAAGCUUAUUGUCAAAGAAUACGAGGUCAGAGCCUCCGGCCGGGUGGUGUCUCUUUCCACUCCAAUCAUAUGGCGCCGGGGCCAUGAACCUCAGUCCUUCAUUCGCCGGAACCAAGAUGUCGUCUGCAGUUUCUUCACCUGGUUUUCAGACCACAGCCUUCCAGAGUCCGACAAGAUUGCUGAGAUUAUCAAAGAGGAUUUGUGGCCCAAUCCACUGCAGUAUUACCUGUUGCGUGAAGGAGUCCGCAGAGCCAGACGUCGCCCAAUAAGAGAGCCAGUAGAGAUCCCCAGGCCCUUUGGAUUCCAGUCUGGUUAGUCUCUGCCUUUGGAAAUACUGCACAAGGUCCCCUACCACCUCUUGCUGGACCUGUGCUCGGACAACAGAAAUGGGUACGCCACCCCUCCCCCCGACAUUUCUACAGCCUUUUUCCUCUGGACAUUGUUUCCUCAACCUCAAAACUGAGACUUUGAAGGCCAUGGUCCUCCAUUUCCACAUGGCCUUCAUGCCAUUCUGCAUUACUGUCACAUGCUGCAUGGUCAUGAUUCACAUUACUCCUAGGCCAAGCACAUGAUGCUGCAAAUUGCAUUAGCUUUAUCUGCACUGCAUGGACCCUGUUUGUUCUCAGGGCCUUUGGUCUGGCUCUUAGCACCUGGAAUUCUAGCUUUGCCUAGAAGCUCAUUCUACCCACUUUGCUCUUUAGUACAGGCACGUAGCCUGUAGACAAUUGUGGGACAGAGAGAGCAGCAGUGUGCCACUUAGUCUAUGUGAUUUAUGUAAUUCCAUUGUUCUUGCACCUCUGGUCACCUCCUACUGCCUACUACAGGCCUUGCCUACGCACCUUGGGCCCCUGCCUACCUUGCAGAUAAUUGUUGGCCCCACUGUCUGGUUUCUGGUAGACAAGAAUCUCUAGAACUGCCGGGAGACCCAAGUUUCCUGCCAGCAUACAAAGACCCUUCUGUUCCUCCACCCAAAAGAUCUCCUAGAUUUCCUCACCUCCCCUUCCCUCCGUCUUCGUGAUGCAGAACACUACUAACUGUCAAGCUAGUGGUCAAAGUGACAUGUUAAACGUUAUUCUUAUGGCCAGAGUAAGGAUGGUGUCCAUUCUAACUACCAGGCUUUCUUGGCCUCAGCUAGUAAAUUCACACAAAACAUAGGUAUACCUCUUGUGCCUCCUCUCCUUAAUCCUGAACGCUAUUAAAUGCCAGGGUGGCAGUACACUUUCUCUCCGUCUCCUGUCUCUUAAAGAAAAAAAAAAAAAA